AGAGAGUGAGCGAAAAAGAGGAGAAGAAGAAGAAGGAGGAGGAGGAGGAGGAAAAAGGGAGAGGAGGGGAAUUUCUGACGGUGGUGUCCCUCCGCUGAUACUCUCUCGCUCGCUGCUGCUGCCUCUGCAGCUGCUGUUUAUAACACGAAGCGAAGCAGAGAUGCCAGACAGCCCGGCAGGCAGGCAUCCUGAAAAGCCCAGUGCUCCGAGGAGGACGACGACUCGCUAGGUCUUGGACAUCGCUCGGCUUCGAGUCUCUCUCUUUCUUUCUUUUUAUUAAUUCACAGAGGGAAAGUUUCACAAGUCUGGUUCUUAGGACACGUAGAGCAGAUGGGAAACUGAACGGGUGCUUCAACUUCAGGGUUUCUAAGAAUAAGGAGAAGGAAAUGGAAUGCGGUCCUGAUUUAGUUUAGGAAAUGGUGAGGAGCGAAGAGACAAGCUAACUAUUUUUAGGAUUUUUGUGAGCACAUAUUUCCAUCUGGGACAUUUUUUUUUUCUUUCUGUGUGGAAGGCACUACAGGGACAUUUGGUUUGGAGUUUCGAGGACUCCUUUCUCUUCGUCUAUAUUUUUUGGAGUCGAGGGGGUGGGGGUGGUCAUUUUUUUGUGCGGAUGCUGGUAAUGACGGUGUUGUGAGGGAAGAUGAGUGUUCCCAUGCUGAAGAUCGGCGCGGUGCUGAGCACCAUGGCUAUGGUCACCAACUGGAUGUCCCAGACUUUGCCUUCUCUCGUCGGCCUCAACGAGACCGUCGCACACAGUGGCACCUCCGAGAGAAUUAUCAGCGCUCUGUACCCAGGCCCCGAUGAGGGCUGGCAGGUGUACACGUCGACGGCGGACGCGGAGGGCAAGUGCGUGUGCACCGUGGUGGCUCCCGCCCAGGCGCCCUGCAGCCGGGACCCCCGCAACCGCCAGCUCCGGCACCUCACUGAGAGGGUCCAGAACGUGACCCAGUCCAUGGAGCUGCUGGACCUGCGUACGUCCCGUGACCUGCAGUACGUGCGGGACUCGGAACCCCUCCUGAGGGGGCUGGAGGGGCGCGUCCGCUCCGCACAGAGCAACCCUCGCAGCCUCAGCCCCAAGGGCUUCCAGGAGCUGAAGCGGAGCGUGUCUCAGCUGCUCCCCCUGCUGCCCGUGCUGCAGCAGUACCGUGCGGACGCGGGGCUCCUGCUGGGGCUGAAGGAGGAGGUGCGCAACCUGAGCGUCGCGCUGGCCGCCGUGCAGGAGGAGCUUGGUGCCUAUGACUACGAGGAGCUGCAGCACCGCGUCAUCAGCCUGCAGACGCGCCUGCAGUCCUGCAUGAACAAGCUGGGCUGUGGUCGGCUGACGGGCAUCAGUAACCCCAUGACGAUGCGGGCGUCUGGCUCCCGUUUCGGCUCUUGGAUGAUGGACGCCAUUAUCCCCAGCUCUGACAACCGCGUCUGGUCAAUGGAUGGCUACUUCAAAGGCAGACGGGUUCUUGAGUACCGAACCAUGGGCGACUUCGUCAAGGGACAGAACUUUGUGGUGCACGUGCUGCCGUAUCCCUGGGCAGGGACGGGCCACGUGGUGUACAACGGCUCCCUCUACUACAACAAGCACCAGAGUAACGUGGUGGUGCAGUACCACCUCCGCCAGCGCCGCGUGCUCCUGCAGCGCAGCCUCGCCGAGGCCGGCUACAACAACACCUUCCCCUACUCCUGGGGCGGCUGGUCCGACAUCGACCUCAUGGCCGACGAGACCGGCCUGUGGGCAGCCCAUUCCAGCCUGUCGCGCGGCGGCAGCCUCACCCUGAGCCGCCUGGACCCGGGGACGCUGGAGGUUCUGCGCUCCUGGGACACGGGCUUCCCGAAGCGGAGCGCCGGAGAGGCGUUCCUGAUCUGCGGCACGCUCUACGUGACCAACUCGCACCUGGCCGGCGCCAAGGUGCACUUCGCCUACCACACGUCCACGGGGAGCUACGAGUACGCCGACGUGGCGUUCCACAACCAGUACGCGCACCUGAGCAUGCUGGACUACAACCCGCGCGAGCGAGCGCUCUACGCAUGGAACAACGGCCACCAGGUGCUCUACAACGUCACGCUCUUCCACGUGGUGCACGGCGGAGGAGGCGGGGGAGGGGGGCCCGGGGAGGCGUAG